CUUCAUUUCUGCUUUGGUGUCCUCGUCUUAUGUUGUAGGCAGAAAAAAAGUCACUUUCACCCACUUUAGGCAAUCAUGGCUCUUCUAAUGGAGCACCAGUUCCGGCAACUUCCAGCCGACAAACAAGUGGAAACCCGGCCGUUUCUCGAGGCGGUGUCUCACCUUCCUCCUUUCUUCGAUUGCCUCGGCUCUGCUGUAUUUUCCCCUAUCAAGGCCGAUAUUGCAGGAAACAUAACUAAAAUCAAGGCAGUGUAUGACAGCAACCCCACCAGGUUUAAAACCCUGCAGCAAAUUUUGGAAGCAGAGAAAGAGAUGCAUGGAGCGGAGUGGCCAAAAGUAGGAGCAACACUUGCCCUCAUGUGGUUAAAAAGGGGGCUGCGCUUUAUCCAGGUUCUUCUCCAAAGUCUAGUAGAUGGUGAUAAAGAUGAUAACAACCCAAACCUCAUCAAGGUCAACGUCACUAAAGCUUAUGAGAUGGCUUUAAAGAAGUAUCAUGGCUGGAUUGUCCAGAAGCUAUUUCAGGCUGCGCUAUAUGCCGCUCCAUACAGAUCUGAUUUUCUCAGAGCUCUUUCUAAAGGCCGAGAGGUCAAGGACGAAGAAUGUUUGGACAAAGUGCGGCAGUUCCUAGUAAAUUUCACAGCUACUAAUGACGCCAUCUAUGAAAUGUACACCAAGAUGAAUGCAGAUCUAGACUAUAAAGUGUGAACUCUCAUUGACAAAACAAGCAAACUUCAGACCUCAUCUGCUGUCCUCCCGGUGGAUCUCUGUUGCCUCCCUUCAGACGUCUGCUCACUGGACCGCUCUCUUCUCCUACUGGAUCUUGCUUCUAUCUUUUGUUUUCUCCUGGGGGACAAUUAGGGUCCAAGCUGCUGAAGACGGUUUCAGAAGGGAAGGCUGUCUGUUAUUGUUUGUUCUCCUCACCAUUUCAGUGCUUAUGCGUUUGUUUUUUUAAAAAGUAGUAUUCUUUUUCUUUUCCUUUAGUUUUUUGAGUGUUUUAUAACUUUAACUACUGAUCAUUUCUGCUCGAUUCUUAAAACAUGUGCACUUUAAGUGUGUGUAUGGAACAGUGUUGGGAACAUGAGCUAAAUCAACACAAUUCUUGAGUUUUUUAGGGGGACAACUUCAUUGUUUUAUGUUCAAUCCACUUAAAUGUGUAAAAACAAUUAAGUUAACGUAAUCGUUUGGGACAACAUGAAGGAAUUGUGUGGAACCCUGCAUUUUAUUACAAUGUAUUUUAAUGAAAGAAAAUGCAAACACACACUCAAUAAAAUGAAGUUUGCUGUUUGUUUAAGGCAGCACGGUGGCUCAGUGGUUAGCACUGUUGCCUCACAGCAAGAAAGUCACUGAUUCGAGUCCAUUUGGCAUUUUUAUGUGGAGUUUGCAUAUUCUCCCUGUGUUGGCAUGGGUUUCAUCUGGGUGCUCCGGUGUUCUGACAAUUUUCCCACCUUGUCAGAUUGUGCUAU